AUGGAAGUCUCAGUCUCCGACGACGAUAAAGUUAUCCUCGUUUGCACUAACCGUAAUCAACCAAUUCAAACAACACACAUCACCAACCAAGAGAUUCUCCUUUCAACCACCGAUAUCCUCGGUUCCGAUUUAACACCAUUUCUCACCUUUCAUACCAUCAAAAUUCACGCACAUCGCAACAGGCUCAUUGAGCAAUCGUUGUAUUUUCGAGGCCUUCUCAGCGGAAGCUUCAGUGAAUCUUGCUUGAGCUAUAUCACUAUCAACUGGAAUCUGAAUGUGUUUAUGCAAAUUCUUCAGCAUAUGUAUGGCUUUCCAUUGGAUAUUACUACUGAAAAUAUCCUCCCUCUUUAUGAGGGUGCGCUUUAUUUUGGAGUGGAGACACUUCUUUUAAAGUGUGAGACUUGGUUUUCUGAGGUAUUCUCGCCAAAAGGAUUUCAAUUAAUGGAGAUACAAAUGGAGGAUUUGAUCCAAAUUUGGAAAUUUAGCUUGGAUCAUGCAAGUGAUUUCAUUCUUCAUUUAUGUAUCGGCUACCUAGCAAGAAAUUUUAUGUGGGCAAAACAGAACAACUUGUUUGGAAAAAUUCCAUAUAACUUGCUGUUAUCUUCAGUAAAGCACCCUCAUUUGACCGUUGACAGUGAGAUGCAUCUUUCUGAUGCACUUCUUCUUUGGCUUGAAAGUAACAUGGAAAAUUUGGAGAGGCAAAGUGAAGCAGAGGACAACUACAAUGGGAUUUUAAAACAAAUUCGUGUGGACCUUUUGCCUUUGUGGUUUGCUGCAGGAAAAAGAAACUCUCUUUAUUUUAGGCAGCUAGCUGAGGAAAGCCUUGAUUCAAUUUUCAGAGCACUGAAUAUUCUACCUAUAGGUUCACUUGAUAUUUCCGGAUAUAGUGACUUGCAACAUCUCAGGAUUCGAGUUACAGAAUAUUCAAAGAAAAUAGACCUUUCCAAUUGUCCGCAAUUAACAUCUGCAAUACUGCUUCUGUCACUCAUACCUGCAUCAUAUUUCACGGAUUCCACGCAAAGGAAGAUUAUAGAACAGUUCUUUAUUAGUUCUGGACAUCCUAUAAGAGAGAGUUGUGAAUUCCCACAAAAACUGUUACAUACCUUUAUCUUUGAAGCAGUUCAGGAGGUGGAUAUCUCAAAGUGUCGAAGACUGCUUAUUGAACACGCUGUUGAUUACUUCAGCCAGUCUUUUCCUUCCUUAAAAAUAUUAAAAGCAGGUUAUCUAUUAAAUAUCAGGACUACCGGUUUCCUUCAGUUAUUGGAGAAGUGCUCUUUGGUCAGCGAAAUUGACUUGACUGUUGAUAUUACUCCUCUAAUUCCGGCAUCGGUUACAGUUUUAUCCUCUAGUCCUGCUGUGAUACCACUGGUACCAGAGAAGACCUCAACUCUUAAAUAUAAAGCAGUGGAAACCAUGCCAUUUCAUGAAUCUAGACCUCUAAUUUCUUAUGUUACGAAACUCACAUUGGAAGGAAGAACCGAUGUCAGUGAUUUGAGUCUUCAAUCUCAUAGGCAGAUAGAUAAGCAUUUGAAUUCUGUGGCGUCUAAUCUCCAAUCUCUGCAUAUAGGUGGAUGCAUAGGUAUUUCUGAGUUAUCUCUACAAGAGCUUAUGUCUCAAACACAAGUUUUGAAGAGUCUAUGCCUGAGAGGAACACACCUUGUUGACCAGGCACUUUAUAAUUUCAAAGGCUCUUCCUUGGAGAUGCUUGAUGUGUCAGACACCAAGAUUUCUGAAGCUGCAUUAAGUUAUGUUAUUCAUGGAAAUCCAAGCUUGAAGAGUCUGAAAGCAAGAGGUUGUAAAAAUUUGUUAAAAGGAGAUAUUUUUAUUGAAAAGAGAGAAUCUAGCUUUUCUUCCUUGCAUGAAGAAUUACAUACUGAGCUAGGAAAGAAGUGUAGAUUGGAAGAACUUGAGUUUGGUUGGGGUUUUUCUUCCUUCUCUUUCAGUGCAUUGGAACCUGCAUUAAGGUCAUUAAAGACCAUCAAUGUAGGUUUAGGUGGAAUGCUAGGGGACGAUGCCCUGAGACAGCUACCAGCAAUCUGUCCCCUGCUAGAAACAAUAAUCCUCCAUUUUCAGGUUAUAUCUGAUAUCAUCGUGACAAAAUUAAUUAUCACCUUGAAGUUACAAGUAUUAGCUCUGUGCUAUUGUUUUGGUGAUAUAUCCAUGUCAAGCUUCAAAAUCCCUAUGCAAAAUCUAAGAAAGCUGAGGCUUGAAAGAGUUACCCCAUGGAUGACCAAUGAUGACCUGGUUAUUUUAUCUCAAAACUGUAGAAAUUUGGUAGAGCUUUCAUUGCUUGGUUGCCCUCUUCUUAACUCAGAUUCUCAACAUAUAAUUUCAUGUGCAUGGCCAGGCUUGGUCUCUAUUCAUCUAGAGGAAUGUGGAGAAAUAACAGCAAACGGGGUCUCGGCUCUUCUUGACUGCAGAGCUCUUGAAGAUCUUCUGUUGCGUCAUAAUGGUCCUGGGCUACCGAGAAACUUCAUUUUUCAUGCCACUUCAGAGAUGCCAUUGCUUCGGAAAUUGUCUCUGGAUAUAUGUGAUGCAAGUGAAGGUGAUUUUGACAUUCCAAAUUAUGCAGACAGAUGCUUUUUGAGUACCUUGAAGAUAGCAAGAUGCAAAUCUCAAAGAUGUGCGUUUCAUCUCCCAGUCCCUUCCUCAGUGAGUCGCAGACGAUCAGUGCAGGUAGAAACACUCGUGCUUGUGUGGAAUAGCAAAAAUCUCACCAGAACAGUGGUGAAGGAAAGACUUUAG